AUGGCGGAGAGGGGAGGAGGCGGCGAGGGCGAGGGGACGUCGUCGUCGCCGGGGAAGAAGGCGAGGAAGCCCUACACCAUCACCAGGCCCCGGGAGAGGUGGAGCCCCGAGGAGCACGAGCGCUUCCUCGACGCCCUCCUCAGGUUCGGCCGUGACUGGAAGAAGAUCGAGGAGCACGUCCGCACCAAGACCGCGGUGCAGAUACGCAGCCACGCUCAGAAAUACUUCCUCAAGGUCCAGAGGCUGGGCCUCGCCGCCGGGCUGCCGCCGCCGCAGCACCCGAGCCGCAGGCACGCCAUGUCGCAGCAGCAGAUCUCGCCGGCCGACGGGACGGCGGUGCUGCACGGGCAGCCGCAGCAUUGUCCACCCGGAGCUGUUCAGGGCACCAUCGGCUGGAGCUAUCCGGGACCGGGAGCUCUUCCUGCGCCCAAUGACAUGCAGAACUUGGACUGGGCAGGCAGUUCUGGCAGUUCUGCCUGGGUGAGCCAUGGGGGCGCAGGGAGCCACACUGAACAAGCUGCAGCAACACACCCAGGUGGCAGCUCAUUCAUGGGGCCGCCGAGCUUCGACGACACAAGCAUGGACUGGACCGGCACGGGCAGCACAGGCGAAGCGUCGGCGAUCGCCGAUGCAGAGGACGAGACGAUUCCACUUCCCUUGUCCCCUGGGGACAUGCAUUUCGCGCAGGUAUACCGGUUCAUCGGCGACAUAUUCGACCCGGCCACGCCGUGUCGCAUCGAAGCCCACCUGCAGAAGCUCAAGGACAUGGAUGGCAUCACUGUGAAGACGAUCCUGCUGGUGCUAAGGAACCUCGAGACCAACCUGGCAGCGCCUCAGUUUGAGCCCAUCAGGCGGCUGCUGUCGAGGUAUGACCCGGGGCGAGGCUUGCCUGGCCACUUAUAGAGUGUUGGUGCAACCUGAAAGGAAAACUAGAGCAGAAAGAAAUUGCAAGAGGACGGAAGACUAGAUUUGGGAGGUUGGAAUAGAACAGAUAUUGGUCGGCCGGAGAUAUCACAUACAGAUAUAUAGUCAAAUAAUGUUUGUUUGCAAAGAUUCUAGUUACAAGACUGAGGCUUGUUCGUAGGGUACGUAGACCUACUCAGGUGUCACACACAAGCGUUCAGAGUUCAGACUGUCUAGUCGUAGUACUGAAUUUGUGUGUGUGUGUGUGUGUGUGUGGACACCGUUGAGUGCCCACUGGUUUGUUGUAGCACUAGCACAGUAGCGUGUGAUGUGCGCAGCUUAGAAAUGUCUUUUACUGAGAAUAGGAAAUA